CGUCCCGAUCACCUUUCCCGGUCGCGCACGUACACGCACACGGCCGGAUCCUCCGUUGUACGUGCGAGUCGCGUGUUUCAGCCGAUAAAAACGCUAAGGAAUCGCGGCUCAAUGGGGGAAAAGGUGUAACAAUCGGGCGUGCGCCGGGAAUAUAGAUAGUCGUAUACGAUAAGCAUCGAAAUCCCUACUCAAACAGCUGCACCCGAUACAUUCAGCGGUGCCGCGCGAAGAAACGGAUGCUGGGUAGGGGGCGUGUGCGGUGAUACGACGUGUUUGACCGCGUGUGUUUUCGUGUUCGAUCAGUGCUGUUUUAUCCAUUGCCACUCGAAGAAACGACCGGCCGGGAUCGUGCGCCAUACGAAAACGAUGGGACGACAUCGUGUGCAGGUGUGAGACACUACGGCCCAACCGUGACCCUCUUCUGAGCAAUUCCAGCGCGAGUACGAGCAUCGGCAGCCACGGCGAGCAUAGUUAUGAAACGGUCCGUACAUUUGUCAGCGAUUGGCGAGCCAACGGCGAAGGAUCGUUAACAGGUCGUCCCUCAAAGUCGCUCGAGACACUCGAGAGCCAUCGAUAAACUGCCGCCGGAUCCUCGAGCGACGGCUAUCGCGGUAAUAUUUCAAUCGCUCGGACCAAUAUAUUGCAUCAUGCGGCGCGGGACCCUCGUUCCCGGCGCGUGAAACGAUCUCUCGCGUUUCCACGCGUCCGCCGCAGCGAUCGUCCGAGCGCGAGACAACGAUACCUGCUUCGCCUCGCGCACCGAGUCGAAAGUUCGCCAACAGUUCGACAUGUCGCUGGAGAAAAUGGAGACCGUCGGGGAGUUCGCGAAAAUCCACACGGAGAGCAACGAGUACGAGCCGUCCGAGCGAUGGAGGAUCACGAGGAACGUGUUGGUGAUCGGCGCGGCGUUCAUGGUGAACUUCACGGCGUUCAUGGGCGCCACUAAUCUUCAGAGCUCCAUUAACGCCGACCAGUCCCUGGGAACCUUCACGCUCGCCUCGAUUUAUGGGAGCUUGAUAUUCAGCAAUAUAUUCUUGCCCACCCUAAUUAUCAGCUGGCUGGGUUGUAAAUGGACGAUAUCCCUGUCCAUCCUGUCUUACGUGCCUUUUAUGGCAGCCCAGUUUUACCCAAAAUUCUACACGAUGAUACCGGCCGGCUUCUUGGUCGGCAUUGGCGCGGGACCACUUUGGUGCGCGAAGUGCACUUACUUGACGGUCGCCGCCGAAGCUUACGCCACCUUGUCGGACGUCGCAACGGAUGUUCUGGUUACGAGGUUCUUCGGGGUGUUCUUCAUGUUUUACCAGAUGGCCCAGGUCUGGGGCAACCUCAUAUCUUCGGCAGUUCUUUCGCACGGAUUGGACGGAGUGUCGUCGAACGUGACACUGAACAGCACCAUAGUGGCGAAAACGUGCGGAGCGAACUUCUGCGGCGCGACAUCCGGCGACGCGGAGGGUCCGACGCUGGAACGUCCGCCGGAAGACAGAAUCCACUUGAUCUGCGGCAUUUAUUUGUGCUGCAUGAUAGUCGCCUCCUUAAUCGUCGCUUUCGGGGUCGAUUCACUAUCGAGGUACAAUAGAGGCAGAUCUGGUUCAGCGACAGGAUUGUCGGGCAUUAAACUGCUGGCCGUGACGUUGAAACUGUUGAAGGAAAAGAGUCAGAUCCUGAUACUGCCAAUUAUCAUGUUCAUCGGAGCUGAACAGGCGUUUCUGUUCGCCGAUUACAAUGCUUCGUUUGUGUCCUGCGCCUGGGGGAUCAGCAACAUUGGUUACGUGAUGAUCUGUUUCGGUGUUACGAAUGCCAUAGCUGCGCUGGCAGCCGGGUCCAUAAUGAAAUUAACAGGAAGGAGGGCACUAAUGGUAUUCGCCUUCUGUCUUCACAUGGGAAUUCUGGCCUUCCUGUUGCGCUGGAGGCCCACACCUGACCAGAGCUCGAUGUUCUUCCUGAUGUCCGGAUUAUGGGGUCUUUGCGAUGCCAUGUGGCUGGUCCAAGUAAACUCCCUAUCAGGCAUACUGUUUCCUGGCAAGGAAGAAGCUGCGUUCUCGAAUUUCCGGCUGUGGGAGUCUACGGGAUCUGUGAUCACAUACGUGUACAGCCCCUAUCUGUGCACGCAAACGAAGUUGUACAUCCUCAUGGGAUUCCUUUGCGUAGGAAUGAUCGGCUACGGUCUUAUCGAGUACAGUGGGAAGGCAGGCAAAAGGGCUCCUAAACCAAAACUUGACUUCGAACUGGUGGGGAAUGACACGACGAAACUUUGAGAUGAUGAGACAUUCUUCUAUUGAGAUCUCGAGAAUUCCAAAUAAAUGUGCAAUCUCCAGCGCGGUCGAUAGUGUUAGAUCGUUAAGUUCGAAUUCGAGAAGGAAGUGCAGGGUGUCUGUAAAGUCGAUGAAUUUAUAAAUAAUACUAUUGUAUCGACAGAUUAUAUAAUUAUUUUUUAAUAAAUUAAUAACGAUUUUCUCCUUGAUCAAUUCAUUUUCGAUAAAUUAUAAAGAAAGUGAACCAAGUCUUUACGGGCACCCUGUACAUGCGAAAGCUCCUGUAGCGACAUAGGACACAGGCAAGUCAGCUUCGGAAAGUUCGAUAUUGUACUUGAUUGAAAACGAAUACAGAGAAAUUUCCUCAUAACGUGAUCGGUGUAAAUAAUGUAUAAUUCCGCUACACAUAAGAAUCAUACAUAGAAACGAUACAUAAAAGUGUCGGUCGCGAGUAACGUUGUCGUCUGUACAAGAGUCGGCGGAGCACGCAGACAGGACCUGAAGGUAUGAUCAUUUGUGUGAUUUGUACCACAAUAUAUGUUUUUAUUUUAUUCUUGUGGACACCUACUAGAUUUUACACAGGUAUUUUUUUCGCUUAACCGCUAAAGAUCUUCAUCAUCCUCCGUUUCUCACUUUAAAUACGUUAGUUUAAUGUUACAUCGUGUGUUUUCUAGGUGCUAACAUUCAAGCUAAAGCUACGGCUGCUUAAUUUAAUUGUAUACUUAAUGUGCUUAAUUGCCAUUCGACUGGUACCGGUGUCGUUUUCUGUAUCAACGUACGUGCGUGUAUAUGAGCGUGUGUAUGUAUGUAUAUAUGUAUGUAUGUAUGUAUGUAUGUAUGAUGCGAUGGUACGUGUAUCGUAACGUUCACUGUCAACGCGCGAACGCGUAUAAUGUAUGGUGUCAUGCGAGUAGUUUUGCGGGUAGUGUCGUAUGCCGAUCGUUCUUUCCCUUUCAUUUUUUUUUGUUCUUCUCUUUUAUUGUGCUGUCACGAUCAAUUGUCUCCCGUCUUGAAAAUCGAAGGCGAUGGAAUUAGAAAUCGGCGACUGUCAUUUCCGGUGUUCUCCGCAACGAGGCUACCGCCCGCCAAACGAACGAAUCGCGGACGUGGAAUCAAUUGACCCUGCAUACCUCGUGCUAAACUCAUCAAGUUAAAGGUCUGCCUGAUUGUGGAUCGUGUGCUAGCUUAAACCCUCGUUAUGUACAAUUCAAGUUUUGCAGUUCAGUUUAUAUACUUUAUAAAACGUAGUAGGAACUUUGGUUUCGCUAGGCAAUGUUUCAGGAGCAGU